UAUUAAUUUUUAUUUAAUGUAAUAAUAUCAUUAGUUCCACCCUGUCUAAAACUUUGCAGAAUUCACAGUAGCUCAAACGCUCCUGCUUAGUGUAUCUCGAACUAUUUUUUCUAUGUCAGUUAAGUUUAAAAAUUGCCUUUAAUUUAAUGUUUAAUCAAAAUAAUGGCUUAUAAUUUUCAAUCUGAAGAAGACGUGAAGGAAUACCUCAAUAAUUUAGGAAUAGAAUAUAGGUUCGGAUGCUACAGCGAAAAAAAUCCUGAAGUUUGCCAUUUACUGGGAGACUAUUUGGAAGCUGUAAAAAAGGAAUAUGAAAAAUCAAACGUAAUUUACAAGAAUAAUUGCGACGAAUUUGACUAUGGAAAAAGUUGCUACAAGUAUGGAGUAUAUAGAUUAUUGGGAAAAGGGGGGCAAAAGCAAGAUGCUGCUGUAGCUUAUCAGUACUUAAAAAAGGCAUGCGAAUUGGGCAACCCAAGUGCUUGUUUAAGUCAAGGCCUGUUAUUAAUUUCGAAUGAUGAAAAUUCUGGCAUUCAACGGGAUGUUUCUAAGGCAUUUUCUCUGUUAGAGAAGUCUUGUCAGGAUAAUAAUGCAAAUGCUUGUUACUUUUUAUCAGGCAUGUAUAUAUCAGGAGUUAAGAAACCCAGUGUUAAAGCAUCUCCUGAGAAGGAAAUCAAACAAGAAGACUAUGAUGUCCCCAAAAACAUGCAAGAGGCAUUUAAGUUAGCCCAGAAAGGUUGUGAAUUGGGAAAUGUAUAUUGCUGUGUAAACCUGAGCCAAAUGUAUAAGAAAGGUGAUGGUGUAGAUAAAAACCAGGAAUUAGCUGAGAAAUACAAGAACAUAGCCAAAGAGAUGCAAAAUCAACUUCAGUCAGAUAAAACACUCACAUUUCAAGAAGGACUUGCCUGAAGAUUUUAAGUUACAAUUUUUGUUGAUUAGUAUUUGUUAAUUAUUUAAUAUAAUUUUAUGUAAA